CAAAACCCACUUGAAACUGGCAAGAGAUGAAACCCCGCAGCCUGGCGUUCGGAAUUCUGCAGGAGCAAAGCAUUCUGUAACAUUAUGCCGGGAUAAGGCAGCCUGAUUCACCGCGGGGAGGACACUCCCUCCAAAGCAAAGCAUUUGCUGUCGUCCCUCCGGAGCGGCAGCACCAGCACUGGAGCUGCUGGGCCAGGGCAGAGCCAGCAGCAGCACAGGACGGAGUGGGCUGAGCUCCCACCCCAGGGCCAGCAGUGGUGUGAGCAACAGGAGGAUGAAGAUGCUGCCAGGUCCCCACCACGCUGAGAACACGACGGGAGCCCCCUGAACCACAGGGCAUGGCGCAGAGGUGAGCUUGCCAUCUGCUGCUGUGCUCCCAGGGCCACCGCAUGAGCACGGCCGUGGAUGGGUGAUGGCCUCGCAGCCCAGGCUGGCCCACGUCCUGCUGCUGGGCCUCGUGGCAGGCUGGCUGAGGGCUGCACAGCCCCGCGACUUCACGGUGAAGGACAUCGUCUACCUCCACCCCUCCACCACGCCAUUUCCUCACGGAUUUAAAUGUUUCACCUGCGAAAGGGCAGCAGAUAAUUACGAAUGCAACCGCUGGGCUCCGGAUGUCUAUUGUCCAAGAGGCACGAGGUACUGCUUCAGCCAACACAUGAUGAGAGUUACUGGAGAGAGCGUGUCCGUCACCAAGCGCUGCGUGCCCCUGGAGGACUGUCUGUCUACUGGAUGCACAUAUGUAAAGCACGAGGAGUACAAGAUCUGCACAUCCUGCUGCGAAGGCACCAUCUGCAACCUGCCACUGCCCAGGAAUGCAAGUGAUGCUGUGUUCACCACCCUGUCCCCUCUCAGCAGCACCCCGGGGCUGUCAGGUCGUGCUGUGCUGACAGCGGUGUGUCUCCUGCUGGGGCUCAUGGCAUAGACCAGGAUCCCACACGUGUGCUCAGGACCCACACUUCAGAACUGAAUCUGAAAACUGACUCUUGUUAACUGGUGAUACUGGAGAUGGAUUCAAAGAGGACUAAAACCCACAUUUUUUUGCUGGUUUUGGUGGAAAUUCAUGCAAGAUGUGCCUAGAUUUUGGGCUUAGACUUU